AUGCCCUACGAAUGUCACAAUAACGAAGAAUGUGUCACCGCAAGGUUCAGUGAGAUUGUGCGAGGCCGAUGCAAGCUGAGUCAAGACCCAGACAAUUCCAAAUGGGACACGGAGUUCUACAGGGUCAGCCUCGCUGAAGAAGAAGAAGAAGAAGAAGAGGAGGAGGAGGAGGAGGAGGAAUCCUCUGAACAGUUCACGGGCUUUGUUCUACCGGGGAGGUUACGACAGCUUAGUGAUUAA